AUGUCAUUGGUUUCCUUUGAUGUCACGUCCCUUUUUACUUCUAUCCCACAGGAUCUGGCAGUCGAGACCAUCGAACUACUCCUACGAGAGAAAUACGACGAAACGGAGAAUCGCCUCGGACACGCCCAAAUCAUCCAGCCCCUGAAGUUUUGUCUCAAGACGUACUUUACGUUCGACGGAACAAUCUACGAGCAGGUGAGGGGAACGCCAAUGUGUUCGCCGAUUUCGGGACUCAUAGUCGAGGUGGUCCUACAACGACUAGAGUUGCUGGUUUUCCGACAACGCAGACCGAAAUUCUGUGCUCGGUAUGUGGAUAACACCUUCGUCGUCAUCGAACGGGAUCAGGUGCUGACACUCAAAGAACAUCUCAACGCCGUCUUCUCGGACAUUCAAUUUACGAUGGAGGAGGAGGAAAACAAUCAGCUGGCCUUUCUGGAUGUCCUCGUCUGCCGCAAAGAUUGUGGUGGCCUGAAAACCAAAGUGUUCAGGAAGGCGAUAUAUACGACACAAAUACUGAACUUCAAUAGCAACCACCUGAUCAAUCACAAACGCAGUUGCGUAAGGGUGCUGUACCGGCGCGUUGAGACUCACGGCAGUGAAAUGGAAGACAAAGUUGCUAAGUUCAUAAUAGAAAAAAAUUGUUUAUUAAAGGGAUUUAGGAGUUUUAUAGAAGUGUUGAUUCAUUAGCAGUCACCUUAUCCUUUGAAUGAACAUUUAGGUCGAAAGAUAGAGAUAGCAAGAGGCGUUUAUUCGACGGUGCUUUCUGUUCGACAUGUCAUAGAAGACUCUCCGACAUCUUAUUGGGCAGUCGGAUUGACGGACUAUAGCCUUCCUCAUCCUGGUCGCGCACCGCCGCCGGAGUUUGUCGACUUCGCAGCUAACCUUCGCUGAGGACCCCCAAUACCUUCUGCCAGGUAGACGGCAACUGGGUGAACAGGCAUUUCCCCGCUUCUCGACAGGCAGUGCCUCCCUACUUAGGUCUGCUUAGGCACCGGUACGGCAACCGAAUCCCACCGCAAUUACAGCAAGAAAGCUAUCACAAGUAGUCUGAGACACAAGACUAGAGAGGUGUUGUGUUUGUUAAACAGAGCAAGAAUGUCGUACUGUGAGCUUCAUGGGCGUGAGCGGGAUAAUUGUGUGCAGUGCCAGCCCCACCCUUUUCUAAGAGUACUGCCGUGAUCCACUGGCACAAAUAAAUCAAAAUGAUUGAGGCGGAAACUCGGUGCUGUGGAUGACUUGACAUAAGACCGGUGUCUAUGCACGCCACGAAAUGACUGGUUUCUCUCCCGUGACCGAAAUAGGCUUAACGUACAAGUACAUCAGAGUAGGAGAGAGAGAGACACUUGCUCUUCGAAUCCAUACCCCCAGUCAAUCGAAGAGAUUGCCGAGGUAGGGUUGUAGUACUCAACAGUCCAUGGGCCAACAGGUAAGGGUUGGGCGCCAGACCAAUCCAUGGGGAUGCAAUGACCUCGUUCGGUUAAGUAGUUGGCGCCACCAUCGGUCAAUCAGAUAGUCUAUCCCUCCCUUACAGGCCACUUGGAUUUGCAUUUACUGACGUUGUAGAACCCUCAUUUGUUUGUUUUCCGCUUUCUGAGGUGCUUGUCUUGAGACCCUUAUGUGCCUAACACGCAUACCUGUGCUAGUUAAUCACACAUGAAGGCUGGCGUUUAAAGCAGAUCAGGGGAGAGGGCAUUAUCUAAACUCCUGCCAACGAUGCGAUGUCCCUAAUCGCUGUAUGCCAAAAGUGCGGUUGCGUGUCGAUGGUUUAUGUUAUUCCGCUGUCAUGUAUUCUACACGACGACCUCGGACUCGAAGGGUGACGUUAAAAGCCACUGGGUUGACUCUUAUUCGCUGAGAUGGUCUUUUAAAACUGAGUCUGAUGUUCUGCUAGUUACACGCUACGCAGCGUUCUAGGCGAUAAAAAAACCGGGCUUUGAGAGGUUGGGAGUUUCAGAAGUCUGGUAUCUCGGAGGAUGGAGGACCGAGGGACUUCGACUGGCGAAGCAAUAUAUUAACAAAUUCCAUCCUUAAGAAUGGAAGAGAAUAUGCGCAUCCCAGGUUCUUGUUUAAAAGAAGACGAAGGCACGAUCACUGGAACGGCGUGGGCAUCGCUCAUUAUCCGGCGGCUACCAUGCGUAGCAGUAGAAUGAAAAUGAAGAGUCGGCUGGACUCAGGUGAGCAGUCGGGCGUAGUCUAUCAAAUCCCGUGCCAAAACUGUCCUUGCCACUACACAGGUCAAACAGGACGACGUCUCAGUUCACGAAUACUUGAGCACAAACGGGCCGUCCAAAGAGGUGACCCACUAUCUCAAGCCGCCACUCACACGCUGGCGGAAGGCCAUGAGUUCGACUUCGCCAACACGCGGAUAUUGGCGCGAGCCGACAACAAGGCGGGGCGAGAACUGUUGGAGGCGUGGGUGUCGGACACCAACUCUAUCAAUAGACACAUCGAUUUGCCUGUGUGUUAUCACGCACUCCGCCCACGAAGCCAGAUGACGCAGCUCACAUCGUUGCGAAGUACAAACGGCGUCACCACGCCGGGGACCCAUCGUGGACCAGGCGGCACAAACCAGACCUAGCCACGGACGUAGCUCCUCGCCCGCAUGGAACAACGAUAUAAAUGUUCACACGUUUCUGCACUCUAGAAGUCUCUGAUGAUGAACUCCAGUUCGAGUUCGAAAGCUAAGGCCAAUAAAUCUACUGCCCCAGUGAUCGUGCUUUCGUCUUCUUUAAAAUGCCAUCCUUAUCCACCACUGUCCUUAAAGUUACUAUUCUACACUAGGGCUUUUCUGAACAGACUUAGAAACCAGAGUUUGCUCGAUAGAGCAACUGAGUGAACAAUUCACAGGUUUAAUUUCACGCGGCAACAACUGCUGACGUGUACCAAGCCGUUUAACCCGAAAGUGACAGAGAUGAGUGCGAAUGCAGCCGUUUCACGUUCACUUGUAGACCACCACAAUGCUUCACAUGAGUGUUUCGCUCAUCCGCUCUGGGAGGUUCGUUCUCGAACAAUCGGCUGCACACCAAGUUCUAGGUUAAAUCAGCCCUGUUGCAUCAACUACACUGAGGUUCGAGUUCAGUUUAGAUUUAUUACCACACCUGUGCUCGAAAAUGUACUUUGAUUCGUUUGCCAGUACCUAUUUAUAUGACCUUUCCAAAUCUAAAAAUCUCUUCUGCUGACUGUUAGCAAUGCUACAUCAACCUACUGCUUCAAGUUAAAAAUGAAUUCGGACCUGUUGGCACGCAAGACAAUACUUUUUAAUGCUGAUAGGCGUUUCAACCAAAGGUCUGUGUGUUCGUAUCGCGUUGGGGUCACCAACGUAGGUAAUAAACCGGCCUAUCGCGAGUAGAAUUAGAAAGAACAUAGUAGCCGCAAGAAUGCAGCGUGACGAUAAAUUGACAUCGAGAGUUGUUAAAGUUUCUUGGCGCAUUAAAACAAAACGCUUUUUCACGUCACUACAGGUCGCUGGUAAACUGGAUCGCUGACCAUAUUAGGCUUUCAAACUGAAUGACACAACUGCAGUUGAUUGUUUACGAUGUAGUGACAGAGUAGGUAGGACGUGACACAUCGUCAGCUGUUGGCGUAAGCUUAGUCUUCCCUCGCCUACUAAGAAGAACAGUUUUUAAACAAGGAUUACGCAUUCUCAACUCUUAGUCAACCAGAGCAUAUGACACACACGUCUAAGUGCGGGUAACCUGAGUUAACUGAAAGUCACCUAAAAGAUAUCUAAGACACACUUUGUUGAAGAUGUGUUUCAGCAUUCAUUUUUCGUAAACGCCCUGUUUUGGAACAACCCAUCGGGCUGGAGACUGUAAGACAUCUGUCGCCGUGUGGUAGUAAUGAUGGAGAUGGCCCAAACGUUUUUGGCUCAGACCACCACGAGCGCGUUGGAGGUCUUCCGUGAUGCAAGCAUAAUGUCCCCUUGAGGCACACAUGACACACUGUCGUAAUUUGAUUUUAACAAAUAGCCUGACAGCUUCAUAUCCAGAACCUGCUUCAUGAGGACGGGUUUCCUGACAGGUUUAUUGCGAAGAGUAUUGCCGAUAGACCAGCAAAACCCAUCAAACUGACGACAGAAAAGAAGAGCCUGUUCAUCAAAGUCCCUUUUCAAGGGACGCGUCGGGUGAGCUCCUGAAAAGGUGCCAUGAUCAAGCUGCUUUACGAAUUUUCUUGACAGCGAGCGUUUGGGUAUUAUUCUCAACCAAUCCUGUUUAACGCGAAGCUUAGGAGAUGUUGUCGGCUCGAACCACCUCAGAUCGCAUAAAAUCCUUCACUUGCCUUCGUAGAACAGGUUAUAUUCAUCACAUGAGAAGGCGCCCAUCCAGAACAACGAGGACGUCUUCCAGCCUGACUGAGAAAAGGCGAAAAUAGGAACAUAUGCAGCGCCAUUGUUGUCCAUAUUGUUGAUUCUGGGUACCGUUUGGACGAUAACAAACCCUUCUGUGUACUUGAUAAGAGCUCACCGAACUAACUCAGGCCGUUGGAUCAGCGUCUGCUAUCAACGCAAAUCGGUUGCUUUUUAAGUUACGCAAGUCCGUCUUGUGCUCAGGGAAGAACCUCGUGCGAGCUCCACAUUUACCAUGGCUAACUAUCGGUUAACUGCAUGCGAUUCUCCACGCCAUAGCUCUCUCUCCCUCCGACACGGUGUCACCUAACUCUCACUGCCUCAUAACCGACUGCCUCUUAUAACCCCCCCCCCCCAAAUAUUCCCACACCCCGCUUAUGUGAAAAGACAAGUUUUAAUGAAUUUCUCUUAUUACUCACAUGCAUACUCGACAUUUUUAGCAUAUAAAGGUAUUGACCUGUUGAUAAUUUAUCAAAAGCAAACUUAUGCCCACCAAACGGUCAUUUGAAGGCUGGAAUUUUCAUGUCACUUGUCAAAACGGCAUAAAAGAACUGUUUUAACAGCACUAAACAUAAGUAAUUGGGUAUCAUCCAGGUUGGACAGUAGUUCGUAGCACAUCACUCGAACGGCUGUCGGCCUAUGAACGUAAGUAUUCGGUGGGGUGGCCCGUGGCAUAGACUGCUUCUCGAAGAAAUAUUUGAAUAUUCCCAAAGGACGCCCCUGGGACGAAAACAACCAGCGUACACUCUCUGGCAGGAGAAGGAAGGCCAAUCAAAGUCUGCAAGCGCACGUUCGUAAAUCGUUCACAAAGGAUGCCUGAAGGAAUAAAUAGCCUGCAUAGGGGACUGACCGGUGUGGCUAGUUUAAAGGGGGGAGAGGGGAAGUUUCCUUUUGGUUUGGGUUUCAGAGUGGCAUGACCAUUACCACCACUGUCACUACUACUACUACUACUACUACUACUACUACUACUACUACUACUACUACUACUACUACUACUAAUACUACUAAUACUGCCACCACUACAACUACUAUUACUACUGCCACGACCGCCGACUCAGUACGAGCGUUGACAUUGUUGGUGCAUUAUUCAAGCCACAAUUAGUUCAUUGGUAUUGUUUGAAUUACACCCGUUGUUCCGAAUUGAGAUUACUAAAAGAAGGAGAUUUUGUUGAAUAAACAAUUAUUUCAGUAUGGUCCUGCAGCUGAAAGUCCAGCAGGGAUAAAUCAGAUGGACACGUCGGUAGGGGAAUUCUUAUAUCCUCACCUACCUACUUGCUUCAGAAAAAAAUUGUCGCUUAAAAAUGCGCUCACUUUGCUACUACCACUGCCCCAACGGCCCGCUACGGAAGUGUGAUAAACUUUAUGUCUUCAGCCGACGACCCUCGACUCCGCUGUGGCGACUUCUUUGGUAGGCAGGAAGUGUACUGUGUAUGCUUGUGAGAGUCUUGCAAUAAAAGGACUUUAUACUGCAGGAGCUUCAGAGCAAUCGUGCUCACUUCCAUCAUCCGGAGAAAAUGGGACAGACGUAGUGGAGGACGAUAAGUGUAGAGACUGCCGCUCUUUGCAAACUCAUGCAACUCCACACUUUCCACGAACUCGGCACCCAGAGGGCGAAGACAGAACCCCACCGGAGAAAGCUCAAAGUACCCGAAUGUUUUCUUCACUGAGUAUUCCAGCCCAAGUUUGGCAGUUCACAUUUCCUGCUCUUCCUUUCUCUAUGGUGUGUCAUGGAGUUACUGAGAGUGGGAUUUACGAAGGGUUUUCUUAGCGAAAUAUUGCAUUAACCACUUUCGAAAGCGCAACAGUUGAGUAAUUGUCCAUAGUAAGUUCUCAUGAUGGCGGAACACAAGUUUUGGUGUGGGGUUGUGGCGAAUUAUCGUGAUCAGCCUUCCUUUGAUAGUAGUCUUUUGUGCAGUGAGCGAGACCCUGGGGAGUCCAUGACCUCUUGCAUAUCGCCCCAAGCACUACUUUGAAGAAGUUGUUGUACUUGCAUUCACUCACACAGUAAACCCGUUCUUUUCCACCAGUUUUGUUUGUCGUCUGGAUGACAGAACAACUACCAACAUAUCAGUGAGAAUAAUAGGACUGGGAAAAUGCAGACGAGAACAUAACGGAAGUCUUGAAAGGACACUUGGGUUGCUCAUCGAUAUGAAAACGUCAAAAAACGGAUAUACAGUGCUUUCUUAAACUAACACAGGUUUCAUAUUUGUUCGCCUUUACCAGGACUCGAGGUUAGCUUUGAUUAAUAUACUGGAAUGGCGAAAAUUGGCAAACAGAUAGAAAACGGCAGAAAAUCCUAAAACCUAGGCGUGACAACUUUUGUCUUAUGCGUGGGAACGUUUUGAUAACGAAAGUUGGACGGCUAGAUCGCAGUUGGUAGCCAGGAAUGGGGAAGCGGAUGGCGACCUCAACCCUAAUCCUAACCUUAACCCUGACCUUAACCUUAAACGUAAACCGUUAACCCUAACGACAACCUUAACCCUAACCCUAACCGAAACCGUAAACGUAACCGUACUCCGUAGACAUAGCCAUAACUGUAAAACCUAACCGUAAUACUGAAACCUAAUCGUAAACUCAAACCCUAACCGUAACCCGAAAACCUAGGCCUAAAGGCAUAACCCUAUUCCGAAAAUCGGAAACCAUUAGCCGGUAUCCUAAUCCUAACCUCAAACGUAAAACGGAAGCCAGAUGGGUCAGAUGUGAUUAUGCAGCGCCACAAAAACCCCCACUAAACAAACCUCAGCUACCUGUAAUAGGGGGCCUGGGUAACAACUACGGUGGACGAUGUCCACCUUGUGCUCCACAGGAGGAUGGGGGCAGGGACGGUGGCCCGCGCGUGAAUUCGUUUAUACACCAAGAAGGGGGGGAAGGGAAGUGGUGGCUCGGAUCGCAACUGAGUGGGAAUGUCAUGAAGGCCACAUUAAAAAGGAGCCAUUGCAGCGCAACUGUUCAUCCUCCAAGGUGAACUGAGUCAUCCCGUCAGUUGGCAGCCUUCGAAGCCAGGGCUUUUGGCACACGGUGAUAGGUUCAAGUGCGUCAGAUUGAUUUUUUAAAUAAGGAAUACGCGCUGAGACUGUCCAUCUUAUUCUGUUUUCCCACUCCCGGACACCGGUAUGCUGUUCGACCCCGUCAGGUGUUUGAUGCGGGAAGGGGCACAGGGACUAACAGGACUAGAGAAUCCGUCUGUGCGCGCCAUACGCACGAAAGGGCCGCCAAACGCACACAUCAAGAUUACACACAAAAGGGUGUAGGCGGCUCGGAUUUCAUAUGUGCGUGAGUGUCAUUAAGAGGGAGUCAUCGCAGUCCAUCAGUCAGCCGCUCAACGCGCAAACACACACUGAGGUGGCUGCGUGAUGCGAGUGGAAUCGUCAGUUAGCGGCCUCCUAAGCCACGGCUUUUAGCGCACCGUGAUGAUUUCAAGCGCGUGAGGUGAGACAGGAAGAUUUAGGACGGGAGUUGUUGUUUGUUUGAUUGUUUUUGUCGUGAGUGGCAAAUCUGCGAGCCACUGUCGGUGUGCAGAUGACGUGAUCCCAGAAUUCGUUUAAAGCAAUUUUAUAGCUCCUUCCUCCCUGAGGGGGUAAGCAGUGCUCUCUCCAAAUAGGGCUGUUCAUGCAUCCUAGACCUUAAAACAAGACGUCAAGGUCACGUUCAUUUCCAAAAGCCCACCGGUGAAACGUUACUUCCACUGCACUUUAGGUAUUCUCGGUUGAGUCUGACAUUCUGUGGGCCAGCGGCCCAGAGGACUUGGCUUUUGACUUGAGUUUUCGGUAUUGAAGUGAUCUAGUGUAAUAUCCGGGUUACCUGUCGGUUUAGCUUCGUCUAGAUUGGCGUCCUUAGAAGGUGAUUGCCGUUGAUGGUCGAUGUGGGCGACUGCAGGCGUGCUCAUUCCUGAGUUUUCUAGCAUGAUGAUCGUACACACUCAAACACGGGGAAUUCAACAGGCAAUAUUACAAUCGAAUUGUCAACUACUGAACGUUUAUUAAAUAGGGAUAUAAAGGGGGGAACAAAUCACGGGUUACUCCAUCAAGGGGGAGGGAGACAACAGAGGGGAAAACCAGAUGUAGCAGUGAAGUCUUUCUCUAGUCUAUCCUUCCUCUGAUCGAGAAGUCGGCAUGCGUAAUUCUUCAGUUAGAGCGUUCGGUUCGUGCUCCGUUACUCUUGCUUCAAAGGAACCGGUAUGUCGCUCAGGAAGACGUGAACAAAAAAAUUAAAAUAAACCUAAACCCUUUACACCUCUCGCAACCGACGAUUCCCUCCCUAUCAUCCCACCCCACCUAGUUCCCCAAUCUACAAACGGAGUCGAAAAUGAUGACAACCAUAAUCCGACAACCAACGGCCCUGAAAUCAGGGCCACAGCUUGAGGGGGGGGGGGAGUUGUAAAGGGCAAGAAUUUUUAAGUAGGCUUAUUUUAAUUUUUUGUUCACGGCUCCCUGUGCGACAUCCCGGUUCCUUUAAAGCAAGAAUGAUGGAGCACGAACCGAACGCCGACAUCUCGACCAGAGGAAGGAUAGACUGGAGGAAGGCUUCACUGCUACUUCUGGUUUUCCCCUCUGUUGUCUCUCCCCCUUGACCGAGUAACCUGUGAUUCGUUCCCCUAUUUACAUCCCUAUUUAAUAAACGUUUAGUCGUUGACAAUUCUAUUUUAAUAUUGCCUAUUGAAUUCAAUGUGUUUGAGUGUGUACGAUCAUCAUGCCAGGAAAUUCGUAAAUGAGCACGUCCACAGUCUCCCAUAUCGACGAUAAACGCCAAUCAUCUUCUAAGGACGCCAAUCUAGACGAAGCUAAACCGACAGGUAACCCGGAUAUUACACUAGGCUCAAAUCCCCGGUCGAUGCGGCCUAACCCCAACAAUAAGCCUAAUAUAAAACUGAACCGUUGCCCUAAUUUUGACCAUAACCUGCCCUAAACCUUAACCUUGCCGUUAAUACUAGCCCCAACCAAUAGAAGCGAAGAGACGAGUCCCAGGAAGUUGUCUUGAAGAAAGAGACACGAUCGCUAGGACAAGAGUUUUAUUAGCCUGACGUUUCGGAUUCCUGCUCGUAUCUGCUGUUGUCUCUGAUGAUGGGUUCGAGCAGGAAUCCAAAACGUCAGGCUAAUAAAGCUCUUGUUCCAGCGAUCGUGUCUCCUUCUUCAAGACUAGCCCCUACCUUAACCCUAAACUUGAUCUUGACUUUCUCUACCGCCAACUUUAAAUUUAACCUCAGACCUUAUCCUUAACUUAACCCUAGCCUUAACCUUAAACCUAACCAUAAUUUCGCUGGAAGUUGGCUCAAAGUCACCCGUAUGACAGGCGGUUCCUGUUCUCAUGUCCUGUUUAGGGGGCCACAUAAGUCAGCCCUGUCAAUAAAUAAAUAAAUAAAGACGGCUGUAGUGUUGCCUACACUUUCUUCACAGAGGCCAAGUCUGCUGUACAUAUUACGUCCAAGUAAUUUUCACUUUCCUUUUUCGCCCUCCAUAUAUCACAACCAGUUCUUUUAGCUGGCACUAAUUUUGUUAAUAUUUUCUUUUAUUAAUUGCAAAUAUUUUGGAGUAACCAAUCCGAUAACCUCAUCUGCGCUUAAUCCAAUGCAUGCAGGAUUCCAGUUUAAUUCGUUCUGUUCAGAUCUCCUUUUCCUUUAUGAACUGCAUCAGGUGUUAAAUGAACUUAUCUGCAUAGUAAAAAAAUGGACUGACCUGCUGCUUAUAACCGCCACGUAGUUCCGAGGUGGGUGAAUUUCGUCCACACUGGCAGUAGCCUCGCCGCCAAACCGCGUUUCGAAGGCAAAAGCGAUGGCAGUAGAUCGAUAACUGACUCACUAUGCUUAAUUAAAAAAACUAAGAGAAUUAGUCAAGUUCUAAAGGUCUAAGCUAUCGAUUGGAAUUGACAAUGGUCUGGCGGUUUGUAUUAUGACGCCCGAGUCGCAGUGGAAUAAGCUGAUUAUCCCUUAGAACGAAAGCCGAUCGAUUAAGGCAUCCUAAUCGCGCUUGGGCUUUCAGCUCACUUCAAGCCUCCUCUAAGGCCGAAGUUAUAUCGGCGGCAGGCAAAAGUAACUGACGCAACAUCCGCAUUACAUGUACACUGCCCCCUUAAAACACCUUGUUAAGGGAGAAUCAGGUAAACUAACCAAUGUGAGGGAAAGUGGGGUUAAUUCGCAUGCGUGAAAAUAUGACCGAGGCUUUUAUGUAGCAGAGUUUUCCACCCCGUUUCGAGAGCUAAGCCAUAUAGUCUUCGUUCUUCCUGCUUUGAUUUAUCGCACCUCACAAAACAAUGGGAUAAAUCAAAACAGCGUGUAGUUUUAGUUGACGGCCCAGCUUACACGACAAAUAGUAGCAAAACAAUGACUUGCUUCCUGAGAAAGCCGACAAAGCGGCAGUCUGCGUCCGUCUCGCCGCGAACGCUUUCCAUCAGCUUUUGAUUCACUAUUACCCUCUUACUGAAUAGUAGGUCUCCCACAAUCUUUUGAGAAGUUUGUCUUAAGCUUUCACACAAAGCAUUUUAAUUUGCUUCUGUAUCAUGAAAAUGGUGUCCACAGAUCUAUUUGGAAUAUACGGAUGGGACACAGAUGGUUGGUAUAACUGCCGCUGGUGACAUUACGUUUGAUUUAAUACCCAAUGACCAACGAGCCCGGCUUCGAGACUGCGAUUGAUACGCCUGCUUGAGGACAAAAGACAAUUCAGAAAUGGCCACUGAAUCUCUCUUGCUUUGUCAGUUAAAUUCGUAAUUGCUACUGUUUGUUGCGAAAAGACAAGCAUAUCUGAAAUCCGAAAGAAUCAAGAGUCACGACUAAAGCCUCCAUCUAGUGCGUUAGUAUAGAUCUGAUAAGAACUCACAUUGACGAUUUAAAACCCUUAAAGAUCAGCAAUAAGCCAAGCUAAUUCGCUCUCGCCAUUAAACAAUCGAACUGUAACCUUUGUCAGCUGGGGUGAGUCUUACUUGACUACUAAUACUAACAACACACUUGGGUCAGGCAUUGUUCAAGCUCAAAUGUUAGCUACCUAGGGUAGAUGCUACGGCGUGGAGUGGAGACUAUUUAUCGGCCGUGUGCUCUCUACGGGUGAAAUCGGGCUCCGUAUAUAAAAAGCCUUUUUGUGAUGAGAAAAUGUCUGUUUGUGCCUUUCGCAGUAGGAAAUAUUAUUUAUAAUUAAUUUGACCAAACUGUCCUCCUUGCUGUAAUGCGCUAUCGUCCUUCCUUCUAAGUUCUCUCUAUCGCUCCAAAACGUUAAGUUGUUUUUGAUCAAAACAAGGGAUCUUGAUUGUUAUAUCUAUCACCUGUGUAGGUUCUCUAGAUCUUCUGUCGUAUAGGAACUUUAAUGCGGGCAUAAUUAUCUCAUCUUCGCGAUGGCCUUCUUGUCUGACCUGCGUGUGGAUUACGAGUGAAACCCUGAGAUUUUCGGUCCUCUGUCGACUGCGAAUGAGGCUCCAAAUUAGGCUCUGCGAUCUCAUAUCUAAUUCGAUAGUUUCUACUUUAUUCAACAUUCUCCGACCAUAGGAGAAAAGUCGCAGAGGCAUUUUGGGAAAGUUCUUUGUGGCUCGUCCAUGAGUUUGGAACUGCUUUCCUGAAUCCGACGCCGCUUCCUUAUUGGAGGCGACAAAGAUUAUACAUGGACUUGUCAACUUGGCUGCAACCUCUUUGAAGCUAUUGUCCCCAACCCGACAGCAUCAGGACAAACAAAGACGAUAUCAAUCCCAGCACCAAUACUCCAGUCGACCCAAAUUUUGGCAUGCUUUUAGAGCAGUGGCUAUUCACAUCAAACACCUCCAUGUACACAGCACUACCUACCACUCGUCACUGAGGCCGUGAAUAUAGUCUUGUGAAGAUGGACGAAUAACUGGUUGGGAUAUGUGCUAGACAGAUAGACAAGGUCCGUCGCACAAGACUCUUCCAGUGCUCAAACAGGUUAGCGUUACAAAUACACAGCUAUAAUUAGAGCCCUCGAAAUUACAGUAUCUAAAAGUCCCAAUUGACGAUGGAGUCACUAGAUAAAGAGGUGGUUUUGUUAAAAAAUUUUUAUAACACCUUAUGAUGACCAGAGGUAGACGGAGCUCUGUGUUGGUUGGUGAAGCAACAUCUUAACUUUUAAGGAGAACUUUGGCUGCGCGUGCACAUACAGUAGGUGGACUAACUCAUGAGAUGUCGACCGAGAUUCCGAAAUGCGUUCUCGUUUCUAAAAGAUUAAUUACAAAGGGUUGUAAAACUAGUCACCUUGCAACAUAAUCCUAUAAUAUUUCAGUUACCUCAGGGUGCCGGCAUUCGAAUGAACCUCCUUCCGGUUGCAUGCACAAAUGACACUCUGUUAAAAAUGACUACCUUUGUAGGAUGAAUGUUUCUCAUUGAUUUUCGAUGUCCCUAAAAGUCCACUUAUAUUUCAUGGAGAAUAUGCAUAAAAAUAUUUGUCCUUUUGCUCAUUCGGCAGAUCAUUACGUCUUCUUCUACAUUUUUACUCAAAGGAGGGACAUAAUUCGAUUUUAAAAAAGUUUUCGGAUUCUCGAAUAAUUUUAAACCAGCUAUUCCGUCACACUUGGAUUCAGGGUCUCCAAAAUACAAGCCGUCUAUUUUCCGCGUACGGAAAACCCCACAUUUCUCUACGGUAAUAAAGGGGGAAUAUAUAGGGCUCAUAAAAUUAAGCAGUGGAUUUGAUCCAUAUUGUUAACUUUACAAGCCACAUUGGUAAAUGCAGAGAUAUAACGAUUUAUGAACGGUCAUUUCACGGUACUUAAAAGUCUUACAAUUAGGAACUUUUUUAAAACCCAUUUAUGUCCUUCCUUCGAUCAUAAAUUUAUAAGAAGACGUAGUUAUCUGCCGAAUGAGCAAAAGAAUAAAUAUUUUUAUGCAUAUUCUCCAUGAAAUAUAACUGGACUUUUUGGGACAUCAAAAAUCAAUGAGAAACAUUCAUCAUACGAAGGUAGUCAUUUUUAACAGAGUGUCGUUCGUGCAUGCAACCGGAAGGAAGUUCAUUCGAAUGCCGGCACCCUGAGGUAACUGAAAUAUUAUAGGAUUAUGUUGCAAGAUGACUAGUUUUAGAACCCUAUGUAAUUAAUCUUUUCGAAACGAAAACGCAUUUCGGAAUUUCGGUUGAAAUUUCACGAGUUAGCCCACCCACUGUAUAAAGAGAAAAUAUCUGACAUCUCCAACCAUCGGCGAUCGGAAGCUCCAAGAUGACACCCGAGCCGCCCAAUGAAGUUAACUCCAGUCAUUCUUGACUCCCAAUUGCAGUCAGAAAAGUGGUAUCUGUAGUUAGGGCAGUACAGAAAGAGGACUGGGAAAAAAAGAAGCCUUGUCUUUAGUCCUAGCUGUAGGAUGGCAUGACACGUUCGCCGAAUGAUUGUUGUGCAAUAUCCCUCCUGUAGCUCUGCGCACAGAAAAACGAAACAUGCAAGAACCCAACAAGGCUUGAUGGUGCAACCCUAGGAAUUAGUGAGCGCCCUACUCAGGCUCGCCGCUGCCGCAAGACCGCGCGCGCUUUGAUGGUUGAAUGUAGCCAAAAUCUGUUGUCGCUGCCAGUAGCCGCUCAUCUUUUACAGGAUUGUCACCCCCUCCCCCCACCUCCUCAGUGGUCUUCUUUGAUUUACCCUCACGCGAACCUAACUUUCGCUACUUACGCAUACGUCCUGCCUGCACUAGUUAGUAGCCGUAUGUGUGCUUGCACUGAAUAAUGACCGCCAAUUCCACACUGAAGCUUUAAUUCAAAACUAACGGAGGACUUCUGUCGGGGAUUUUUUACAAGACAAACCUUCAAAUAAUAUUUUUUGUAAUGGACCAUUUUGUCAUCUUAUAGGUCACCGGUUACACUGACUUGCAGGCUAUUAGUACGAAGCUCAACAGACGUAAAGGUGAGUCAGGAACAGUUACUCUGGUAUGCUCAGAUGCAGGCAAGGCGCAUGAAGCACCACGAGCAACCACUGUGCAUUCCCUUUAGUCGUGGGGAUUGUGACUUGAAUUGGAAAAUAAUGAGAAAAAUGGGAGGGUGUCAGAUGGACUCGGAUAGUUUUUUUUUAUCCAAACCUGGUUUGCGCGCAGGAAAUAUCCAUUAUUAUUUGAUCUUUCAUAAAUAACACUUGCAUCAUUAUCUGAAGUUAGGAAAUGAAACUGAAAAUCUUAUCUCCGGAAAAAGCAAUUAUUUUGCAAAAUUUUCUGUCUAUUUGAAUUGAGUGAUUCCUGUUGGGUCAGUAUCUGUCAUCGUCAGAGGAGGUCUCAUAUUAGGAUAGGCGCUUGUCCUGGUAACUCAAAUGAGGGUGUUUUGUAGUUCCAUAUAGGGGCAACUACUAAAUUACAGACUGCUACGGAUGGAAGUGAAUAUGCGAAUCCCAGGUUCUUGUUGUGAAGAAGAUGAAGAAACGAUCCCUGGAAAAGUAGGUAUAUUAAUCUGAGCUUUCGGUCUCGUACAGGAGGCCAUCGUCAGAGAUUGUGAGACUGCGGUAUCAAAUGAGCAAUUUUUGUAGUCAAGCCAUGAAGGGGGAGAUGUGAGCCUACUACUGUCACAAACUUCCGCUGAACUAUAUGAACAUAUAAAGUUUUACUAAAAUGCCUAUAGUAGGUGUGUUUGUUUACGUCAAGCCAUUUUUGUUGGAAGAUGAGUGGUCACGCGAUCGUAAGGUGCAUCAUCUCAGAUCAGUCGUACUUUUAGGUCGGCGAUUAUCAAGAGUCUUCCUGAAGACACCGACUGUCUCCGCCACAACCAUCGCGGCAAUUUAUUUGCUCCAUCUUCCCGAAACUUGCUACCAGAAUAGUGCGGAGCGUUGGCUGGUUGGAAAAACUGUUUCUUGGGCUUCCAUCCCUGUCACGAAGAAAAAAUUGACCACAAUCGACGUUAUAGACUAAACUUUUCAGCAUUUUAAGGUUAAAGCAAGAUAAACGUUCUUCUGCCUGAAUCAGAAAACGAGCAGAUUUAGGGCAGACAUUAAGUUUGGCUACUUAAGAAACCUUAGUUCGGCACAAUUUCAGUGGAUCUUUCUAAAAUCUGCAUUCGGUUUCUUAGACAGCAAUUCCAGGCUUGAAGACCGUCCUUUAAAUGAAACAAAGCGAAGGCUGAAAGAAUCCUACUAAAUGCACUGAUGUCAAAAAUGAUUAAUGCAUGUCGAUAGCAUUGAGGACUGCAUCGAGCUAGUUGAGUCGUGUGUAAGAAUUCCGAAAUCAAUUUAAACAGUGAAAGUUUGGCCGAGGCCCAACAGGCGGCCACAGUGAGAAAACUUCUCUAGGUGGGUCGGGUACAACGGGAUGGCGGUUUUGAGGGGAAGAACGGGCGGGGUAACCGGCAGAGGGCACUGGAUUGACAGCUGGAUUCCGAAAAAUGUUGGAAAUCGCAGAAAAAUAAUUAUUUGUUUUAAUGAAGUCAAAAAUACCGCAGGAUGGCGCGCAAAUAGGGAAAACCGUAGGCAAUGCCCAAUCGAAGGUGGGCUGGCCUGGGGCGUGAUGUGAUUGGGGGCCGGGGCGAGUAAAACUGAACCGCCAAGCGGCUAACCAAUGGGAUCGUUGGCGCCACACUUGAAAGUGGUGUGCAUCAGAUGGACGGGAAACAGACGAUGCGCAAGGGGGACGCGAGGGGACAGCGAUGUACUUCGGUUGGGUAAGAGUAUUUGAAUAAAGUGCUUAUGACAAUUGCGUCACUUCCCGGCCCCUUACUGACCCCCUCCUCACCCCCUCCCUAUUUGUUAUAUCGGUGGUCUCCACCGCAUGCACCGUCUAAUACGCAUAACGCGAAAAAUGUUUAGGAUACCUGGACGUACUCCAACGCCACCGCACCAACCUACAGCAAGUCGGCGAACUCCCGAACUUGGCGGCCGCUGUGUGUAAGGUCGCUGUUUUACGGGAUUUGUAAGUAUCCAUGGUGGGAGCAGUUUGCAGGCCUACGUAACCCGAAUGCAGGCGGACGUAGGCGCGGUCCUCAGCGGAUUAUACCGACGGCCGAGGAUGAAAUACAAGCCGUCCUUCAGUCAGCAGGUGUCGUUCAGUACCUGCAGCGGUGGAGGUUGCUGGCCACCACCUUAGCAUGGCGAUGUCGGCGUACUGUGCAGAUGCAAGUGUUGCGGCAGCAUACGGACGGUUAUGCAUUCCGUUGUGGACACGGCAGACGGAAGCGGUGCCUGCGGACGGGGUCAAUGUUCGUUGGUAGUAAGCUCAGUCUGCAGACACUGAUGCGUAUAUGCUACAAGUUUGUCGAAGGUGUGCGGGCCAAGCGGUGUGCGGCAAGUGUAGGUGUCAGUAGAAAUACUGCCAUGAAAUGGUACGGCAUUUGCCGCGGGGCCUGCUCACACGCACAUCUAUCCGCCGUAACCCAAAUUGGGGGACCAGGCGUGGAAGUACAGAUAGACGAGACGCUCAUAAGUCGCCGCAAGUAUAACUAGGGACGACCGGGGCGGCAGUUGUGCGUCGUUGGUAUGUACGAUACACGCAGACGGAAAGCCCUAUUUGAGCAGAUUAACAACCGCGCUGGGAGGCCCGAAGGCCUUUCAUAAGGAAGUGGGUGGCUGCUGGCAGUGUUAUCGUAACCGAUGAGUGGAAGGGUUGCACCCGCCUACCGUCGGAAGGUUAUACGCACUACACUCUCAACCACCGUAGGGGUUCGUGAAUGCCACAACAGGACGGCAUACGAACGCCAUAGAGGCCUACUGGAGCAGGUUAAAGAGGAAGCUGCAGGAGUCUGGACCUGUCUGUAACAGGGCAGUGUGGGCCCACCUAGAUGAGGUUCAGUACCGCCUCUGGUUCGACCUAAGGGCCGACAACAUGGCAGCCUGCUGGGAAACUUUCCUACGACAUUGGGCAGAAGCGUAUCCAAUUGAAGAGAGCCAACCAACGGUGACUGGAUAAGUUAACCAACGGAGGCACAAACAGAAGACGUGUAAGUAAGCAUCGUUACUUCCACCAUUUGAUCUCCAUGCCUACCGACAGUGAAUGUGGCCGUUACCUGCGCGCCAGCAAAAAAUACCACAAGCACACCUACUGAACAAACAAUAGUACGUAAGGUAGCCGUGAUACCUGCGGCCGCUUAUUUGGCACCCGUCGAAAGUUUAAAGGAACUUGAUGGAGGGAACAUCGUCGGCGAGUUCUGUUUUCUCUUGGUCUGGGGGAGUUCAUAUUCACGGCCACACCUAGUCCCUCGUUAUUUGGAGACAUGUUAGAUAAGUAAGUGGGCUGGCAUCUCGUUUUGUGUAUACGUGUGCUGACGCACUCUUUUGUAGCUGCCCCGGUCUGGACAGUUGUCACUUCAUGUGGUUCCGUAAUGUGUCCCUUGAGUGAUAGGUACCUGCAGUUGACUCGUUAUUCAGCGAAUCUCGAUCGGUUCACUUUUAAUUGUAAGUGACAAAGACGAGGGAGACUGGGAAGGUCAUUUCUGGCUUCUUCUCCGUCCUCAGCUAGCCACGCCUAAUACCAAGGUGUGCAACCCCUGAGGCUCGAUCCCGCGACCAGUUGGUUGAGAAUUAAACGUCCUAAUCAUUGAGCCACGGGCUCGUUGUUCUGUCGGUUGAGAUCGUGGAAUGUUACCAGCGGUAUAGAGGGGCGCGCACCGAUCGCGGCACGGAAGUCACUCGUCCCGUUGUGCCUUGGGGCUCUCCCUUAAGCCCCGCCAACGGCCUUUCAACGGCUAGUAUGAUAGGCAGAAUGGCAGGUUAACCAGCCGUGGCCCAAUGGUUAGAGGCGUUGGACUUCUAACCAACAGAUCGUGGAAUUAAGUCUCGGGGGUUGUACAUCUGGAGGGUUGGGCGUGGCUGCCUGAUGACGGCGAACAAGUCAGAAAUGGUUAUUCCAGUCUACCUUUUCUUCUUCGGAAAUGUUAUCAUGCCCAUGUUGCGCGUCGCUGAGCGGCUGAUGUCGGGCUCGAGAGUCAACCCCAAAGCACGAUGGGAAGACUAAGUCCUUAAUGCGACCGAUGAGCACCCAUCUACCACUUUCCGUUGUCGUCGUUUGGGGUUGGUGCGCAAAGUCGGGUAGAAUGUUGGAAGCUCCAAGCGACAAUUAGUCGAAUUAACACCAGGGUUUAACAACGCUUGCAGCUUCCAGAUCGUCAUGCUUUGACUCGUGAAAAUUACCCGUGCCCUAACGCAGCCAAAAUCGCGCUCGAUGUCCAUAAUACAAAGAACGGGCUAAAGAAAUCGACCUCAUCGUCUCACAGUCUAUCUGAGCUCCUACAUUUAUGUGCUUUAAUGAAGGUUCAGUGCCCAGGACUUAUUCGUAGACGGCGAUCGCCUGAUUGUCCUGGUUUAUGUAGUCUUCACAGUAUGUGACUAAAAAAUCGCAUGUGGCGGCAAGUCGGUGAACAGUGCUCAAGCUCAGGCCAGUCGCGAUGCAUUCUGCUAGCUUCGAAAAUGUGAUAAUGCGGAGCACGGCGUCAGGAUUCCAUAAUUUUACACCAUAAUGCUCCUGUCCAUCGUUCUAAGUAAGUAUGGAUCUUAUAAUGCUUUCAACAGUAAUCUGACUUUUGAGACAACAGCCAGCCUCUCCGAUUGUGACCUUCAGUAGAUUUUUAUCCCUGCCAACAACCCGGAUGUCAAUCCAAUUGAAACUCUUUUCGCUCUUAUCAAAAGAAAUUGGCACAAGGCGAACAGGAAACCUUCAAUGCAAGAAAAACCUAACACUGUGAUAGAUAAUCACACUGGACAAUCAACUAUAGACAACCUGUCUAUCUCCAAGUCUGAGACUGUCUGUUGUGAUAAAUGCAAAUGGACAAUCAACAAAGUGCUGAUCUUUUGUACUUGAUAUUAUUUUUCAUUAUUUUUCCCCGUUUCAUGCGUUCCCCUUCAUUAUGCAACCUUAUAGUUGGCCCCAUAUAGGCGAUUUUUAAUACAGGCGUUUUCCGUAGUCUUAGUUUUAAGUUAAAAGUAUUUAUUUUUACGUUAGUAAAUAUUAAUUUAUGAACCCAACCAUGUCUUCUUUUUAAGAACAGUCGUUUUUCACUGUCGUAAGACUUUGAGGAACAGGGUUUGGGCGGAUUUUGCGUUAUAGGGAUUUUCUUGUGCUAACUCAUGACAUUUCAUGAGUUAGCACGCCUACUGUACAUGAGCGAGUCUCCUGUUCGGAGCUGGUCCGCGGCCGCCGUACGAUGAAGCUUUUCACUUAGUCAUCCCUCGUGGCGUAUACAUUGAUUUUCCUGAUCUCGCUGGAUUUUGCGUGUGGUGCACUGCGGGGCGUUUCGGAUCCUGUGUAUAUUGAUUUCCAAUAUCCUCGCUUGUGCAGCCCUACGUGGACGCUUUUAAGAGUCUGGAAUUAUGCGAUUUUGUGAUUUUGUUUGGGGGACAGUUUUCUUGUGCCUACCUUGCCGUCAUCACACCGAGAAAAGGCAGUUAGCGGUUUUGCAUUACCUUUGCAUUACAAACAUGUGAUCGACGCAUAGGCGCCAGAACUUUGAUUUUGAAAUCUUAGAUCUUGUAAUGCAGUAUUUCUACGGCAGUAUCGAAACGGCAAAUGACUGAUUUGGUGAUGCGAAACCCUAGUUACAGACCCGCACAAGGGUGAAGAGUGGUAAUUUAAAUCAUUCCCAACCGAAAAGAGCGGAAGCAGAACUUGACCAUCACCUGAAAAUCUUCUGACAAAUUAUCUCGCCAAACAACCCCUACUCACUAGAAUAGAUACAUACACAAACCCACAGGCACUGCACGCAAAACUCUGUCAGUUUGGCAGCUUGAACUCCUACGUAAACCUUCGGCUUACAAUAGUUGCUACAGGAGAAAGUGAAAAGGUUCGGUAGCCAGUUUCGUGAUGUGGAAGAUCGUUUGAAAGUUGACGACUUUCUAGAAACACGUCAUUAAUAGGCUCAUAACGUCAAGGCUGCGGCUAUCCGGACACUAGUUCUCAUCCCGUGAGCGAUCCUUGGCAGUGACAUGCUGUCCAGUGAGAACCGUGAAGAUCGAUUCGAAUGGACACAGUUUAUUGAGCUGUAAAGUCAUUGCUGUGGUAGCAACAAUGCUGACGAAUUCUCGUCCACCCAAGUGUACAGAAAUUCCUCAUUGAGUAACAUGACCGUUAUGGAGUAAUACACUUCUGCUACGUAAUAUGAUAUUGUUCGAUUAUACCAAAGUAGCAGAACUUGACGCCAUCCGGUGAUUUGAUUUUCCUUGUGACUUCAUAGUCACUAGUCCACCUUCUGAAAGGCGCUAAGUGAGUAUUCUGUGGUGAUAUAGGCUGUGGACAGUCACAUUUCGAUCAACAUCUUCUAUUAGCAUUGGAGAAUCCAUUCUCUUUUUUACAAAGGCCUAUCUCGCCUAUUGAACACCCACUGUACUGGACCAUACUAGCCGAGACCAUCAGUUUCCUGGGUCAUGAGAGCGCCAAUUACGCUUUAAAGAGUGAACGCGGUGAUUAGAAGUCUGUGGGAAGACGUGAAAGUGAAAGUAUUCAGAAGCCAUCUGGUUUGUGAAGAGAUCGCUAUCAUAAUGCCUGGAAAUCUCAAUUUCCAAUACGGCGAAGGAUGUCGCAUUCCCAAAACAUUGUAGUUUUUGGUUGACUUUAUUCGAACCGAACAGACUAACAGGCUUCUGACCCACUAUUUCUUGUUCGGGAACGGAAUUUCCAGUCAAAACGGAGUGAAAUUCUAAUGUUCUGAUUUCGCUAAAUGUGCUCUUAUUCGGUUAUGAUGCACGAAAGACGGCCGUUGCUCUGAAAUAAUCGCUUGUACAAAAGUUACCAUGAUUACUAGAAUCACAUGCACAGCCCAGUUCGGUGUUGCAGCAUUCAUGAGUAGACAACAAAACAUUCACUUCGCCGUUCAGACCCGUCCUCAGGCCAGCGUGAUCGACCAAUUUUUUGCAAUGAGACACCAUUUCGGCAAUUUACCCUUUCUACCUGGUCCUCUUUUAAUGUGUCUGCUGACGACGAUCACGGGUAAAAAGUCGCCAAGAAUGUUAAAGGCGCUAAUUACUUACAAACCAUUUGUACUAGGCGCCUUUGAUAUUCUUGUACCAAAACAUCUUAUGUUCUUACAGUCCUAUCGGUGUUUUCUAAAAUCGUCAGAAUCUAGUCCUGUCCUACUCCAUAUGUCCGCUGGCCACCAGCGAUGCAUCCGACCCCGCGUUCAAUUAGCCUAUUGCAGAAGCCUAAGCCGAGAGCGAAAGACCCUAACUACCACGACCUUCAGGCUCGGUCCCGAAUGGAAGAGAGAGGAGAGUCCUAGGAAGUGCGUCGCAGCGUCUUAAGCCAGGACACGCCUGGUUCGGCCUUGAAUCUGAUUGGCCAGUUGGAGAGCCGAGUGAGCGAAUGCCAGGCAGGCCUGGUGCGCACUUGUAAACACGUCUGAGAGGCGGCAGGGGCUCGGAGUAGGGCCACUACAAGUCUAUCUCUAAAAUAGUACCAAAAUGGGAUUGUGGUGACUCUGGCAAAACGUUAGAAUGUAAAAAAGAGACGCAUGUCAUCCGAAGUUAGCUUCUACUGUUCCACAUAUUUGCGAAGUGCAAGUGCAUUCUGAUGAGAAACAAUAAAUUCAUUCAUGGUUUCCCAAUCAAGUCCACCUUCUAAAACCUGAUAGUCAGGAGUAAAUUUCGAAGACUGUAAUGAUAACUGCGCCCGGUGGCCUGGCAACAAACGACCUGUAGACGUAAAAUUAAUCUACUCUUGGAUUUACUGCACCCAGCGCAUUUUUGACUUGAUAAGUCCAACGGGAGCAUGCGGGACACAGCCUCCGACUGACCGAAGAGCUGACUCGGCCGCGGCCUACCAGACACUGUGUUCAGAGAUAGACGUCGCUUUUCACAUGUCCGACUUAUCAAGCCGAGUCUCAAUAAUCGUGCAGGUGAAAGCUGGAACGUUGGUAACAGAGUUGGUAACAAUCGGGGGAGGGUCCCCAAACAUAUGUUUCCUAGAAAGAAUGCCUACUAUAGCUAUUUGAGUAGGCACUAGCCAUACAUAUUGGUCGUUUCAUAUGACCUCAGGUCCAUCUGACCUGCAGUCGGUAUGCUGCCUAACUUACACAAUCAUAGCCUCAAACGGUUGAGAAGCGAUCGUUUUAGGCUGAAAACUGCCCUUGAGCGAAGGAGACGAUCUGCUCCGUUUUGCAGGAAAGGUACUUCCAUUUUGUUUUGCCUUUUACAAGAAAUUGGCGCCCAAAUAUUCGAAGUUGGUCUUCAGUCAAUACCCUGCGGGGUGCGACGCUGCGUCUGAGCAGUUCGAUUUUCCCUGCAUCGAUGCUCGGUUCAACUAGAGGCGGUAACAGCGUAAACGUAAGCAAGUUUCGAUUGAUAGUCCGAUCCGCUGACUUGAAUUUCAUUAAUAUGGCAGAAAAGGACGUAAUUUUUCAGACCAUUGUCUAUAAAUUCCAGUCAAGUGGGAGAGACGUGCGGUAGUCAGCCCUUGCGAUCGACAAUGCAGCCGCUCACCGAUUCUAAAUUCAUUCAGCCUAACGCCCCCGUCAGUCGAUUUCUUGGGUCGAGAGUGGCUUGACACCAGCACUGUGAGAGCUCGAGGCCAGUUAUUGCUGUGUCCAUUGCUGAUUGGUUGCGAGCGGACAAAGCCCAAGCCCACGCACGCGCCUCGCGCCUGAACUAAAAACUUCAACGGCUGUAACUCAGCUGGUGAGACGGAUUGCUGACUCUGCCUGCCGAGGCGCGUGCACGUCCUCAUGCCUCGAUAGUUUAUCCAACCGUCUCUGUCUCUCUGACUUUUGACUUGGGAAUCUUUGUGUUGUCAACCAUUUUGCCACUACAGAAGCCUACCGAGUCACCCUGAUUAUCUGAUGCAAAGGAGCUUUUCUGGUUUUCUUGGCCUGAUUUCGGAGUGUGGCUGGACUGAGGACGGGCAAUAAACCAGAAAUAACCACCCCAGCCUCCUUUCCCUUUGCCAGGAAUACUCCUCAAUCACAUCCAGACUCCCUUGAAGCGUUAGGCAAACGGGGCAGCUAGGCAGAAACUCCACUUGCCGGGUAAGGGGAUCGACUGAUGGGCCUUGACCCUUGCGAGUGUACGUACGCUAUCCUAGAACAUCGAGAACAUAUGUACAUUCUGGCUCCUUCCAAUGGUACCUCUUUGGAAGUACGGCAAAAGGAAAUUCUAUUGGCUGGUUAGUGUAGGGCACACUUGAAAUACAAGUACCACUAUUUGAGAAAAAAGGCUUGUGAAAUUGCCUAUGGAAAAUGCUGGCAUUCAGCGUACUUGACAAUCGGCUCCAGGGAAUUACGCGUCAACUUUUUUACACUUCCAACAAACUAGGUGUCCAAGUUUUGCUGAAUUUAUUACAGUUCAUUCACAGGCUGAGAAGGACUUUGCUGACAUGAAGAUGCACUAAAUUCUUCGGCAACGGUAGGACCCCACUUAACUGCCGGUAGACUGGAGAUAAUGUCAUAUGCGAUUUUAUUUUGGCAUCUAUUUUCAGGCCGUUGCAGAUACCACACUGAAAACAAUAAUUACUUCCCAUGUCAUCAAAGCUUUUUGUUUUAUUUUUCUUGUUUAGCUCGCCCAUUCCCGUUGCCAUACGAAAGCAUGAGGCCGACCAACACAACAUGCCACUUUAAAUUAAAUUUCUGAUCGAUUUAUGGCAUUUUACGCUCUGACAAUGAAGAGCCGACCCAGCUGUUUGAAACGUCAGCAGUUAAAUAAACCUGUUCCGGAGAGCCUACCUUCUUCUUCUUCUUCAUCUUCUAAUAAUAAUAAUAACCAUAAUAAUAACCUUCCCGGAUCUCUCAACUUUGCCAAUCUGAGACUAACAUACCUCUCAAUCUGACCCACCCGUGAAAAACUCGGCAGUUUCGGUGGGGCCUCGUAGCUCAGGUGGUUAAAGUGUUGGCUAUAGCUUGCUGUUGUGGGUUCGAAUCCUACCAAGGUCGCCGACUUUUUCGGAGUUGAGGAAGAUCGAAUUAUCAAAAACCUUCCCAAACACCUAUUUAUCUAAUAUAUCGUCUUCACCGACCGCAAAAAUUCGAGUCAUCGUGCAGGCAGACCAAGGUACAGGAGACAAUACCCUGUAGGCGAAUUGUCACGUCCAUAGAGCUGUUCUUCCAAGGGCGCUAACUCAGAAAAGCGUAUACUAACUGCUGGGAUAUCAUUUUUUGUCCUGUGUCAGCGAAUCCUGGGAAGUGGAAGUGUCUGAGACUCGUCAAGGCAGCCCAGAGCUGUCCAAUAAAGGUUGCCGCAGUCGACACCAAUCUUUCUCUACGAUGACUCCUGCUCUUCACUAACUAUCCAUGUUGAAGGACAGAAUCGAAAAGAAUCAUGCGUGACAAAAAUGACCAAUAAAGACAAUGCACGGCAAAGUAUCGGUAGAUGUCUUUCUCUUAAAAAAAAUUACAAAGAUUUCAUAAACGUCCAGUUCUUAUAAGGAAGCAUAAUGAAUUCGGCGUACAAGAAGAAUGCAAGACAUGUGUAACGAGUUUGCAAGGACGAAUUGUUCCUAGUCGUCUGCCCCCACUUUUCAACCGUAUUCUGGGUCCAAUUUUGUCAUCCUACUCCACAGGAGAAGUCCAAUGCAGCAGUGGACACCAGCCAAACGGACCACCGCGUUCCUCCCUCUGCGCUUCCAGCCUCAUCCAAGGAAGGUGUCAAUGCCGUUCUUCUGGAAAGGCAAACUCAGAAUAGAAGAUGACACCUCCUUGGAUGCCAGCUCCUCCAUCUUCGACUGGUCAUGGCGAGGCGAAUCCUGGGAAGCGGAAGUAGCUGAGACUGCUAUCAGGGCAGAUCAGAGCUGCAACACUUUCCAGGAUCUCCUGGAAGACGACGCUAGCCUGACCAGUGAAGAGUGGCUGGAGUCGGUGGCGGCCAUGCCCUACGGCGACUACCCUUCCUCGCCAAAUGUCCGAGUUGAAGGCGAGGAUUGGGAGGAAGCCUUCGUGGCUGGCGUCAACAAGAGGCACAUCAAGACAGAAGAUGAGGAAAAGACCGGCGGAGAAAAUGAAAGAUAA